UAGAAACGUUUACUGUGCAGCAUCAUUAAAAUUUAUAUUAGCCGACAAAUUAUUCCAACAUGAGGCGAUUGAUUCUUCUCGCCUUUGUUGGUACAUUUCUAACGAGAGAUGUUACGUUAUCGAAGAUCCAAGAGUAUCCUUCGAAUUUGGCAUGGUUGUUCGGCAUAAGUGAAAAUACAAAUAUGAAAGAAAAACGCGCUGUAUGCGAAUCUGAAGAGUGCAAGAAAAUGGCCGACUUUAUAUUAGGAGGCAUGAACAGAUCAGUAAAUCCAUGUGAUGACUUUUAUGAGUACGCGUGUGGGAAAUGGCCAGAGAAAAAUGCCAUUCCAGAAGGAUUAUACCAGUGGGAUAUAUGGAUCAAGCUUCAACUCAAAACCUAUCAGCAAGUAUAUGAGAUUGUGCAGUCUAAGAUUACAAAGAACGAUUUACCAGCGGUAAAACUUGCGAAAAAGUGGUACAAAGCUUGCAUGGAUACGGACGCGAUAGAAAAAGAAGGGAUCGACCCGCUGGUUUCUACCUUAUCAUAUUUAGGUGGCUGGCCUAUGACAAUGGAGCCAGAUAAAUGGGAUGAGCGGAAGUACAGUUGGGAAAAAGUGGAUGAUCAAUAUAUGCGCUUGACAGCAAGAAAUGCCUUUUAUGAUGUGCACAUAAAGAAGGAUUCAGAGGAUCUAAAAAGAGUAGAGAUCGAUACACCGCAUUUACCACCAGGCUCAAAGAAACUGUGGUCUUUGAUUGAAUCUGAUAGCAAAGAAAAGGAUGAAGAAACGAACAAAGAAAGCAAACCAGAUAGCAAGAGUGAUGAAGACCCGAGUAAUGAGGACGAGCAAAGCAAUGAGCAACCUGGAAGCGAAAGCGAAGAUGAUUCUAAUACAAUUGAAGAUGAUGAUAAUGAUGAUAAUGACGACAAUGAUAACGAUGACAAUGAUGACAACGAUGAUAAUAAUGGUAGUGGCGAUGACGACAACGAUGAUGAUGACAACGAUGAUGAUAAUGGUAGUGGCGAUGAGGAUAAUGAUGAUGAUGGCAGUGGCAAUGAUAAUAAUGACGAUGAUGACGAUACAGACAAACAAGAUGAAAACAUCAAGAAGGAAAUAAGCAAGAACAAAAUCAUCAGCAAGAUCGGUCAUGAGAAAAGUAAAAAAUUACGGCACAUUGGACAGAAAAAGAGCGGCACUCGGAUCAUUAAGAAGCAUGAUAGCCACAAUAAGAUGAAAAGACAGAGAACAAAAAGAUGGGCAACAAAAGUUAAUAAUAAACAACAUUUUAUUCGUCGCAAAAAGUUACAUACCCAGAAAAGCAAAAGGAACCACGUAAGAAAAGUACAUAGAAAAAGAACGAAAAAAAUUUUAGGCAAUGCGGAAAUAAUGUAUACAACAAUACCACAGGAAAGUUCGAAAAGAACGAAGAAGAUAUUAGAAUCAUACGCUAAUUAUAUUUCAAAAGUAGCUUAUAUUAUAGCCAAAAACAAAGGUACUAAAAUUUCAGAAGAACGUCUUGCUGAAGAUAUCCAAGAUAUGAUCGAAUUCCAACUGAAACUGAUCCAGAUUGCAAAGGAAUCAAUAUUCAAUUCGACCAUAUAUUAUAUGGAAAUUACACUUAGAGAUUUUCAAGAGUGGUAUGACAACGAAAAUCCUAAAACAAACAAAGGCAAGAUUAAUUGGGUCAGUAAAAUCAAGGGGUUGUUUGACGAGGCGUAUGAGUCCGUGGAUGACGAUUUAAUUCUAAACAUUAUUUCGCCAAAUUACAUUAAAGAACUUCUCUCUUUACUGGACGAGACGUCGAGUCGGACGAUCGUAAAUUAUAUACACUGGAACUUCAUAAGCAAAAUAAUAAAGACUACCACUAGUGAAAUGAAAAACUUAUACGAUGCGUGGGAAAGAGACAUUAGCAAGAACAAAAAUGAAACUUCCUCAAGAGCAUCUAUUUGCAUAGAUUCAGCAGAGAUAAAAGAAAUUCUAGCGUACGAAUUUGUAAGAAAAUAUUUCUCCGAUGAAACAGUAAAAACAGCAUCGGACAUGCUCAACGAUAUAAAAAAAGAAGUUGAGAAACUGAUUAAAGACUCAGAUUGGUUAAAUGAUGAAACUAAAGAUUUUUUUAUAGAAAAAGUAAAACAUAUGAAUAAAUCUAUUGGAUAUCCGGAUUGGUACAAAAACACUACAAUCAUGCAAGAAUAUCUUAAAGAGCUUGUUAUCGGUCCAUCAUACUAUGAAAAUGCUCUUCGAUACAACAGAUACGUCAAAUUGGAGAGCUUACGAAAGUUAUCGAAAAAUGAUGAUGAAAUCGAUGGAAACCUAAAGUUGGAUCCAACUGAAAUAAAUGCCUUUUAUAUACCCUAUAAAAAUACUUUAAGUAUCACGGCGGCGGACUUCCAGAGUCCAUGGUUCGCUUAUGGUCGACCACAAGCUGUUAACUUUGGUAUUAUUGGAUUCCUCAUGGCGCAUGAAGUUAAUCAUGGAUUCGAUCAUACAGGACGCAUGUUCGAUAAAAAUGGUGACCCUCUGGAUUGCUUCUUGAUGAUGGCCGAGGCAUAUGACAAAAAAGAAAAUUGCUUUAUAAAUCAGUUUAAUAAUUAUCCUAUUGAUUCAAAAGCAAAUAAAAAAAUAGAGGAUUAUGGUAAGCAGACGAUAGACGACAAUAUUGCAGAUACAAUGGGAUUACAGGCGAUAUUUAAGACUUUCCGAAGCAAAGAAAAAGAAAGCAAAAUACCGGAAGCCGCAUUGCCAGGCAUGGAAGAUUUUACCAACGAUCAACUAUUCUUUUUAUCCUUUUCCACUUUAUGGUGUAAAGCAAAUAAAUACACCUCAAGUGAAAUAAUAGAUUUUGCUAAGAACGAUGAACACAGCGUCGAGCGAUUAAGAGUUAUAGGUUCUGUAUCAAAUUCGGACGAUUUCGCUAAAGCUUAUAAUUGCCCUAUUGGUAGUCCGAUGAAUCCUGAAAAGAAGUGCAAUAUCUGGAAGUGAAUCUAAAGAAUCUUGCAAACCAAACCUCUUAGAAAUAUCCCGCAGAAAUUAUUUAUCGAAAUGUAUCAAUGAA